AUGACAGAACACUCAGGCCACUCUGACCCAGCAGAGGCUCUCAGGAGAAUCAUCUCCAAACAGGCAACCUUAAUCCAGUCCCAUGACAGCGUUCUCCGUUCCCUCUCAGAGCAACAAGCAGCAACUAACCAGUGCCACCUUGAGACCAUCCCUUUGGAGAAACUGCUGAAGGCCACCGCUCUGGACGGUUUUGAUUGGCUCCAAGCACAUAAUCCACACAUCGACUGGAAGGAACGCCGCAUCGAAGACUGGUCCACGAACUGCCUCUCCUCCUGUCUCCAAUCUGCUGUUCCUCUGAGCCCGCCUCCAGGGGAUGCUCCCUCUGUUGAAUCCCAGGAUCUGAGUAACGUACCCAGUGAAUACAUGGACCUUAAACAAGUUUUCAGUAAGGAUAAAGCCUGUUCUCUGCCUCCUCACAGACCAUAUGAUUGUGCCAUAGACCUGCUGCCUGGAGCCUCACUUCCCACCAGCCAUUUGUACAACUUAUCCUGCCCUGAGAGAGAAUUGAUGGAAAAAUAUAGAAACGAAUCCCUUGCAGCUGGCUCAAUUCGCCAUUCCUCGGCUCCUCUGAGGGCCGGCUUCUUCUUCGUGUCCAAGAAGAACGGGUCCCCCCGACCUUGUGUCUAUUACCAUGGACUCAAUCAGAUCACCAUCCAGAACCGUUAUCCCCUGCCACUCAUCUCAUUCACCUUUGAGCCACUCCAUGAUGCCCGUAUUUUCACCAAACUCGAUCUCCACAAUGCCUACCACCUUGUCGGAUCUGCCAGGGAGAUGAGUGGAAAACAGCCUUCAAGACACCUCUGGGACAUUUUGAACCAUCACAAAUGGCAUGUCCGCUUUGUUCUGCAACGCCUACCAGAAAUCCGCCUGGAUGUGAAGGCUGAAAAAUGUGAAACACGUCUUCAUGGGAUCCCCCUUGAAGUUCUGUCCAACGGUGGCUCCCAGUUCACCUCUCAGUACCUCCCGUUCCAGUGGCCUCUGCUGGACGUUCCUGGAAGGUCGGCCGUCAGAGACUCGGCGACUCCGACUCACCUGCCCAACAGCGUCCCGGUGGUGCAGCACCCUCAGCUCGGCCACCUCCACCCUCUGCUGUCCUACAGCCCCGAGGCCUUCUCCCCUCAGAGGGCCUCACCUGGAUUCUCCCCCGACGCAGGUGUGUCCAGGACGGCCCAUGCCGCCUGCUACCCCGUCUCUCCUGGAGGCCUCUCUCCCAUCCCCCACGCUCUGGGCUGGCUUCAGGGCCAGCCGAUGUAUCCCAUCGCUGGAGGGUUCUCACCUGCAGCUCUGGCCAUGAACGCCUCCAUGUCCAGUCUGGUGUCCGGCAGCUUCUCCCCUCGUCUGGUCCCGACCGCCCCGCCGUCUCAUCCGGCCGGCGCCCCGGCAGGAAUCAAGCAGGAACCCGGAGGCAGCAGCAGCCAGUCGGGGAGGUCGGUGGUGGAGCUCCAGCAGGAGAAGGAGGACGAGAAGAAGCCUCACAUCAAGAAGCCGCUCAACGCCUUCAUGCUGUACAUGAGGGAGGAGCGGCCCAGAGUGGUGGCCCAGUGCAAAGUGAAGGAGAGCGCCACCAUCAACCAGAUCCUGGGACAGCGGUGGCAUUCUCUGUCCAAAGACGAACAGGCCAAAUACUACGAACUGGCCCGCAAGGAGAGGCUGGUGCACUCCAAGCUCUACCCCGGCUGGUCGGCCAGAGACAACUACGGCAAGAAGAAGAAGAGGAAGAGAGCGAGGGGAGAAGCUCAGCUGGAAGUUGCCAUGGCGACGCCUCCGGACGACUUCGCCUCGCAGCUGAAGCGACCUCGCGACGAGCCGCUGCCGCACGCGCUCGGUUCGCUCCCGCAGACGCCCCACCCGCGGCCCCACCUGACGCAGCCGCACACCGUCUCCCACCUGACGCACUCCCACCUGUCACAGGCGAGCCCCGCCUCCUCCCUGGACUCGCCGGCCACGCCCACGGCGGCGCUGGCCUCGCCCGCCGCCCCGGCCCCCACCCACACCGAGCACACGCACUCGUCGUGCGGCGGCCAGACGUCGCCGUUCGGCGAGCAGCUGCAGCCGCUGUCGCUCACCACCAAACCUCACCGGACGCUGCUGGGCCGCCGCGCCGCCACGCCCGGCCCCGCCACGCCCGGCUCCUCCGACACCUCCUCCCCGCCGCCCUUCCUGGUCCCACCUCCUACCUCCCACCAAUCAGCAGCUCUCGGUGCCUUAACCCAGCCGCUCCGGAGAACCAAUCAGCUGUGAGGAGGCGGACGGAACCAGAACUGAUACCUGUACCUCUUUUGUAACGCUGUACAUAGGCCUGUUUUUAAGCUUUUAUAGAUGCGUCACGUUUUCUAGUAGUAUCAUGGUCAAUAUUUGACUGCAUCUCUAACGUCGUCAAACUGUAUUUUUGUCACCUUUUCUAAGAACUUCAUGAAACGAGGUGCGGCACACGGCUGUGCUGCUCAGAAAGGCUUUUUACACCUGAUAGCUGAGCGUAAAUCUAUUUUCUGGCUCCUCUGUGUUAAUAAAUACUCACUGAGUUCUCA